AUGCCGCCUGCCGACCCGACCACCGCCCCGACAACCACGAUCGGUGCGCCCGAAAUGACGGCCGACACUCACUACCGAAGCCGCCCCGUCGCUGUCGCGGUCGACCCCGUGGCCCUAGUUAUAUCAGAAUGCAUCACGGUCACCUCCGUCAUGCGCAAGCAUGCGCGUUGGGCCCAUUCAUCCGUCUCGUCGAUCCUCGGCGGAAACCCGAACCCGAUCCAACUCGGGCCCCCGAGCCCCCUUAUUAGACCUGGGAGCAGGGGCUCGAAUGGCGGCUUUGGUGUGGACGGCUCCCUUGACGUUGGCGUGGCCAACAGAUGGGGUCUCCGGGGGCAGAAGGGCAAGAGCAUGGCGGACAACCCACUGAUGGCUGGGUUCGGACGCCUGCGACACGACCUCCAAGGAUGCAAAGAUAUCCACGAGUUCGAUGCGCCGGCGCUACUUAGUCCCUUCCUACAGGUCAUCCAGGCCUCCUCAACCUCGGCGCCGAUCACGAUUCUCGCACUCAAGGCGAUUCGGAAAUUCCUGUCUUAUGGCUUCAUUAGUCCCGAGUCCCCCCGCUUCCCGUUAGCGAUGCAGUCCCUGUCGACCGCCAUUACACAUUGUAGAUUUGAGGCGAGCGACUCUGCUCAGGAUGAGGUUGUGCUGCUCAUGAUCCUUCACCUGAUGGAGGACAUGCUGUCUGGCCCCGGAGGCGCACUACUCAGCGACGAGAGUGUCUGCGAGAUGAUGGAGUGCGGCCUCACCAUGUGCUGCCAGUCACGACUCUCGGAACUGCUACGUCGAACGGCCGAGGCUGCCAUGGUCCGGAUGUGCCAGCUCAUCUUCGAACAUCUCAAGUACCUCGAGGUCGAAGCCCCCGACGAUCUGGAGGCCCUCGAGACACAAACGAAUGGUGACAUGGAUGGCGUCAAGAUGGUCCCCGCAACGAACGGCACAGAUGUGAUCGCAUCGUCAGAUGGCCCUACCGCGGAGGUCGAGCCCCGACCAUCAACAACGUCAGAAGAUGUGGGAAGCGGGACGCCCAGCAAGACUGCCGAGACAGAGACCGUGACGGACGAGUCAGAAUCAUCGGAACCUGCCGAGCAGGCGGAAAUCAGGCCUUACUCCUUGCCGUCUAUCAAGGAGCUCUUCAGGGUACUGGUCGACCUCCUGGACCCCAGCGACAAGCAGCAGGGCGACGCGAUGAGAGUGAUGGCCCUCCGAAUCAUCCACGUUGCCUUUGAGGUGGCCGGUCCGUCGAUUGCUCGCCACCACUCGCUAGCUUUGAUUGCAGAAGAUCGCUUGUGCCGGCAUCUUUUUCAGCUCGUCCGGUCUGACAAUAUGGCGCUCCUGCAGGAGUCUCUGAUCGUGGCAGGAACGCUGCUAGAGACUUGCAGAGGGGUGCUCAAGUUGCAGCAGGAGCUGUUUCUGUCAUAUCUGGUGGCCUGCCUGCACCCUCCAGUAGAAAUACCACGGGAGGCGGGCAUCGAUCCCUUCCUCUACGAGGGCAUCCCACAGAGGCCAACCUCAGUCAAACCUCCACCGUCACCACAGUCAGGUAGCGGCAGAUCCACUCCAGUACCUGUCAAGGACAGGCAGAAGCUUGGCAUGGAGGGCGGCGCCAGGAAGCCCGACGCACGCCAAGCAAUGGUCGAGAGCGUUGGUGCCCUUGUUCGGAUGCCUGGAUUCUUGGUUGAGCUUUUUGUGAACUACGACUGCGACCCGAACCGGGGUGAUCUGUGUCAGGAUAUGAUCGGUCUAUUAUCUCGGAACGCGUUGCCAGACUCGGCCACUUGGAGCACGACAAGUGUUCCUCCUCUUUGUCUUGAUGCGCUCCUCGGCUUCAUCCAGUUCAUCGCGGACCGGUUGGAUGAGGAGGGUGUGCUAGGGGAAGGAGUACCUGAUCCGAAGCAACUGAAUGAGCAGCGGCGGAAGAAGGCAACAAUCAUCAAGGGAACAGACAAGUUCAACAAGAAGCCGAAAGAGGGUUUGGGCUACCUGCAAGAACAUGGCAUCAUUGAUGGAACCCCUGCAUCCACGGCAUACUUCCUCAAGAACACGACACGAGUCUCAAAGGCCGUGCUUGGCGACUUCCUCUCCAAGAAGGGCAACGAGGAGUAUCUCGGAGAGUUUAUGAACCUCUUUGACUUCCAGGGCAAGCGUGUGGAUGAGGCCGUGAGGCAGCUUCUGGAGAGCUUCCGUCUUCCUGGAGAAUCCAUCCUGAUUGAACGGAUCAUUGUCUCAUUCUCGAAGCGCUACGUGGAAACAUCGGGCACCGAUGACGUGGCUGACGAGGAUUCCCUUUUCGUUCUCACUUACGCCAUCAUCAUGCUGAACGUUGACCAACACAGCCCGAAGAUCCAGAACGGCAAGCGCAUGGUGCUCGACAACUUUGCACGUAAUCUUCGAGGCGUGAAUAAUGGCAAGGAUUUCGCGCCAGAUUUCCUGGAGGCGAUGUUCGAAGCCAUCAAGAACAAUGAAAUUAUCUUGCCCGAAGAGCACGAUAAUGCCCAUGCCUUCAGCUAUGCCUGGAGGGAGCUUCUCCUGAAGACCGAGGGCGCUGGGCCGCUGGUCAUCUGCAACAGCAACAUCUUUGAUGCCGACAUGUUUGCCACAACAUGGAAGCCGAUUGUUUCUACGCUGUCCUAUGUCUUCAUGUCAGCUACUGAUGACGCAGUCUUCAACCGGGUUGUGGCUGGCUUUGACCAAUGUGCUCGCAUCGCCUCUCGAUAUGGCAACAUUGAGGCAUUAGACCGAAUCAUUAGAAAUCUGAGCUUCAUGUCAUCACUAGAGGCCAAGGAUCUAUCCAACACAUCUCUCAACACUGAGGUCAAGCAGUCUGACGGCAGUGCUGUUAUGGUCAGCGAACUUGCCGUUAAGCUCGGCAGCGAUCUCAAGGGCCAAUUGGCCACGCUUGUAUUAUUCAACAUCGUCAAGGGCAGCGAGGAAGUCAUUCAGGAUAGUUGGCAACAUAUCAUCCGUAUUUGGCUCAACUUUUUCGUCAACUCCCUCAUUCCCUCCUUCUUCAGCUCGGAACUGGAUGCCGAGUACUUCUCGGAUCAGCAGAUUCCCCCAUCCUUCAUUUCGUUUGCCAAGAGGAUUAAGCUCCCCAAGAUCCCUCUGCACACCACUCAAGUGAUCGAUCGCGCUGCAAAACAGACCGACACCGGUCUGUUCUCGGCACUUUCGUCCUACAUCUCGAGCUAUGCUGCGGACGAUCCGCCGGAGCCGUCCAAGGAAGAGGAGGAUGGUGCGCUGAGUACUCGUGACUGCGUCAUGGCAUGCAAUCUUGGAGAUGUGUUUGCGAAGCUCGUCGAGUUGUCUCCCAAAGCACUUGAACACUUUGUCGAGGCCCUUCUGGAGGAGCUCCCAGAGGACGAGCCUUCCUCGGUGCCAGUCAUCACCAUCAAGGGCGACAAUGUUCCUGCUCCAGUACCAAAUGGCGCUGAGCCUGCGAGCAACAAACCGAUAUAUGAUCCGAAGAUGGUCUAUAUCCUCGAGCUGUCGACAGUGCUUGCUCUUCGGAACGAGGAGACGGUCGAAUUGAUUGGCGAGGGUGUCGCAAAGGCCCUCCAAUCAAUCUUGCGUGAUGCAGCCCGAUACCACACCUCCCUUGUCUCACGAGCUGCGUUCUACCAGUUCCAUAUUCUCAAGGCAAGCUACGAUCACGAUUUCGUCCGUGCUCCGGUACUACUGCACACUGUCUCCAGUUUCCCCAAGGAAACCCUGACCAAGACUGCACAGCUUGUUCUGCAAGGUCUUAAGGUCUGUAUCGACCAGCCUGGUCCGCUCCGCAGCGAGAUCAUGACAUCACCAGACUUCUGGCUCAUUCUGAGGACUCUGAGUGAGAGCUCCAGCUCGUCCACGAUCGUCUUCGAUAUCCUUGAAGGCGGCGUCACUGGUACACCUUCUGCGAUCAUCGCCGACAACUAUGAGGCUGCUAUAGCAUUGCUCAACGACUUUGCGACAGCGGCACGAGUAGGUGCUGCGGCUGAGCAAAAGGGCGAGAAGCGCCCGAGGAACGCUCGCCCCCCGCCGAAGAAGGAAGCUGCGAGCGAGAAUGCCGUGGUAUCUCGUGGUGUGAAGGCUGUAAACCUCAUCUCAAGCAUGACUUCUCGUAUCCCACACCUCAUGAAGCAAUCCCAUCUUGAGAGCAGUGAAGCUUGGUCUGCCUACUGGCUGCCCAUUUUCAAAGCGCUAACGAAGCAAUGCACCAACCCGUGCCGCGAAGUAAGGCAUCUCGCCUUCGCCUCGCUCCAACGAUCGCUCCUCUCCCCGGAACUGGCAUGCGCCGAUCACGAGGAGUGGACAUCGAUCUUCAGUGAGGUUCUGUUCCCGCUGAUCUCGAGACUGCUCAAACCCGAGGUCUUCUCAUCCGACCGGGACGGCAUGAGCGAAACCCGCGUGCAGGCCGCCUCGCUCCUGACCAAGGUGUUCCUGCAGUAUCUGGUGCAGCUGUCCAAGUGGGACGGCAUGCUCGACCUGUGGCUAAAGAUAAUUGAUAUCAUGGACCGCCUCAUGAACAGUGGGCAAGGUGACAGCCUCGAGGAGGCAGUCCCCGAGAAUCUCAAGAACGUGCUCCUCAUCAUGGCCAGCAACGGCCUGCUCGUGCCGCCGAGCACGAACCCGGAGCACGAAAAGCUCUGGGUCGAGACGUGGAAGCGGAUAGACCGGUUCCUGCCCGACUUGCGCAAGGAGCUCGCUAUUGGUGGCGAGGCGGAUCUCGCUAUCCGAGCUGCCAGCAAUGAGAGUGGCCGGAGUGACGAGAAGGUCGUUGCUGCUGCUGCUGCGGCCAAGGACGAGGGGAAGGUGCCUGAGGGGGUUGUAGCUGAGUAG